CCAGGCGCCCCCCGAGGGCUUUGUGAACGCCGUCUUCCUUUUCUCCCCUUGCCCCCACUCGCGGAGGGAGCUGCGGCAAUUCCUCUCGGGGAGCGACGAGCCUUCCUCCUCUCGUCAGCUGCCCACGGUUCAGGAGCUGGCCGAGAAACUCUUGCCCAAGAGUGUGCAGGAAUUGAUUGUGGGCCAGAAAAUCACGCUGUUCUGGGUGGACACUGCGGAGUGUUCUCAGGUGACUGAAUCCCCAGAUCAUGUUGGAUACUGGACAAUGUUUGAACUGAUCCGUCAGAUGGGAGGCACCAUUUUGCCAUCUGAAACCUUAGUGCAGUGUUUGAGUCACCAAAGGGCAGAUCUUGCUUGUGGCUUUCUUGGAGGUUCGAGUUCCCCAAUUCCACAGACUGUGCCUUGGACCAUGCUUCUGCCGUUGGACGCGACUUUGAACUGCUUGUUCUCGAAGCCCUCUGUAUUUCAAGCAGUAUUCCCCCGGCAAGAAGGAACGUUGUUUCUCAGCAUGCCUGGAGGAAAGAAGCAGGAAAGCUGUGCUGUGACGCUGGAACCCCUAGCCAUGAGCCAAAGACAACUGCAUUGUCCAGUCAGCAUCUUCCUGAAAGGUAGCUUGACGGGUUGGAGCAUGAUGCAGGCUGGCCACUUUCUCACAGAGAGCUGGAUAUUGCGGAGCUCACAGGCUGAGCAGGCAGAACAUAACAGGUCACUGUUUCAUCAGCUGUUAGGGAGUCUAGUGACUGAAGAACUGCACAUGGUUGCUGAGGUGUCUCUGUCUAAAUCUUGGUGCCUCUGCACUGCUGUUUUAUCACCACUUUCUGAGAGCACUGCGGUUCUGACUAUCCUCGGUACUGAGGAGACUGCUGAAGUUCAGCAAUGCCACCUUGAAGGAGCUGUAGUGGACAACUCGUCCCAAGACCAGGCUCUUUUCCGAGAUGUUGUGAAUGGUGUGUUGAGUAAAAUGAACACAUCAGCGGAAGAUUCUCUGGCUAGUAUGGAAGAAACUCCUAUACCGGAGUGGGUCCAUCAGGAACUGUCCCAUACAGGGGCCUGGCAUCCUUCAGUGCUUGAAGCAUGGUAUCCUUCAUCGAACAUGUGUGGAGCAAGCUCAGAUCUGAUGGAGUCAUUCAGGCUGCUGCAGGUUCCUUGUGCUAAUGGGAAGGGUGAUGCAGACCAAGCUGAAGGGGAACUCUCAGAAAGUCUAUCUGAGCUGUACCAGAGAAAAUGCAGUGAAAUGUCUGCUGCAGCUGGACCAGGAAAUAAAAAAAGACGUGGGGUUCCCCGAACUCCAGUCAGGCAGAAGAUGAAGACCAUGUCCAGAUCCCUGCAGAUGCUCAACGUAGCAAGACUGAAUGUAAAAGCUCAGAAGUUUCAACCUGAUGCUGCGCCACCAACUGUGAACGAGAAGGUUCCACAGAAGCUUUCGGCAAAAAGAUUGGAUGAAAAGGUGGAAGAAAAGGAAAAGGCACUUAAAAUAUCAAUAGACUUCAAAAACGAGGAGGAACUCCAGUCCCAUUUAAUUGCAAGCUACCAGAAGGCGGUUGCUGAGGGUGUUCUUUCAUCCGUGUGUGCCCAGAAUAUGGUCACAGCCAUUAAAAGGUUCUUGAAGCUACAAGAUGCCAAAGAGGAAGAGGUGGCCUGUGUGGAGAGAGUCCGAAACCAUCUCCUGAAGAACAGCAAAAUGCUCCGACAACAGCAUGGCUUACAGAAGGAGACCAAAGUCAGAGAGUGCCGACUCCAGGUAUUUUUGCGCCUGGAGUUAUGCCUUCAGUGCCCUUUGCUGCAAAGCAAUGCUGAUGAAAUGGAGCAGCUGUUAGAAGAGAUGACAGAUAUGCUGCGCGUUUUAUGCCUGACUGAAGACCCAGGGUAUCUUACAAAGUUUCUAGAGGAAAUACUAGAAUUGUAUAUGAAUUCUAUACCGAAGACCCUUGGAGAUAUUUACUACGGUCUCGGUACACAGAUACCCCCGAAGCUGGCAUCUGUUCUGCCUUCUGAUUUCUUUAGUGAUGACUCUGUGACUCUGGAUAGCAAGUCUCCAGGCCUUCCAUCCUCUUUAUCAUCUGCCUUAACUCCCAGCACUCUUUGCCCACGCACAGAGAGCGAUCAGCUGGAGGAGCUGCGCACCAGAUCUGCCAAAAAGAGAAGGAAUAAUGUAUUGGCCAGGCACAGGAGCAUGACAGAAGCACCACAGAACUUGCGUCAAAUUGAGAUUCCCAAGAUAGCCAAGAAUCCCAUCAGAAAGGAGAACUCGCGUUCUUACCUCGCUACUGAGAAGUCCCAGCAGAUGCCUUUAUUGCAGAAAGAAGCAGUGCAAGAGGUUACAAAGGUAAGGAGGAACCUCUUCAAUGAAGAGAUACUUUCACCAUCGAAAAGGUCUGUGAAGAAGAUGCCUAGAAGCCAGUCAGUAUCUGCUGUGGAAGGCUUGAGAUACGAAUGCACCGAUGAAGGCGCCAGAGAUCGUCGCAAGCUGUUGACCAAGAGAGUUGCAGAAACGCCGCUCCAUAAGCAGGUUUCCAGGAGGCUGCUACAUAAGCAGAUCAAAGGCCGGUCUUCUGAUCCAGGUUGUGACACCGAUGUUGUAGAAGAAUCUCCAGAGAAGGCCAUAAAUAAAGCCGGUUUGAGAAGAAGCCCACGCAUCAAACAGCUGUCUCUGAAUAGGACCUGCUCUGGUGUUUUCCAUUCUGCUACACAGCCCAGCUCACAAAAUUUGCAGCGAGUCCAUCGGGGACAAGAAGAGGGAAGCUGUACGCUGCAGGAUGUAGAAGGCGUUAAGCGGCGUUCAGAGACCCCCGCUGUCCAGACUCCCAAGAGGUUGUUCUUUGGUGCAGUCACUGACACAUGUAGUCCUGCAGUGAAGUCUUCACCUGGAAGGAGGAGAAGAAGAAAAGAUUCCUUACAUUUAGAGGAGCUGACUGCCUGUCAGACUCCUAGAAAGACACCUCGUAAAUUUGCCCAGCAGCCACUGAAUUCUGCCAGUAACCUACCAAGGAGGUCACCUCGCAUUCUCCACAGGACACCACAGAAGCUUGAGAAGACUCCUGGCAGAAGUCCAGCUGCUAAGCAGACUGCAGUGAAGUGUCUGGGAAAGUACUUCUCUCAUCCUGUAGAAAGGGUCAAGUCACCAUCUGCGCUAACUGAAAGUAAGAGGGUUCGCUUACUGCAAGUGACUUCUAAGGACUGUUCUCCAGCAGAAGGACUUCCUCCUUGCAAAGAGGCUGGCUUACAAAUACCAGAACAUAAUGGGGCAAGGAGCCUUGCAAACCCUUCAUUACCCCUGACAGAUUCAAACCCAGCUCCUUCUUCCCCCUCUGCUGUCCAGGAAAGAUGUUUUGCAGAAGUGCAAACUCCAAGGCGUUCCUUGAGAUACCUCUCAAAAUUAGCAUCUCCAGGUGGUGCUCAGCACCAAAUCCUCCCAAAGGAAGCUCACAUGCACUCAGAUCCAGUAUUGCAAGCAACUGAAAGUAUUCCCAGGAAACCUGAAGAUCCAGGUUCACGAUUACACGCCAGCCCGCUGAAUGCAGAAAUGCUGGAGCUUGCUGUGAGGAGUUCUCCUCUCUGUGAAAGUUCCACAAAUGCUGUGGCGAUCCGCUCUCCUUCCCAUGCACAGACCAGGGAGUCUGACUGCGAACUUAGUGCAUCAGAACCAUCUUCUCAAAAACCUCAAGGUAUUGCUGUCAUUUCACCGAGGUCCCUGCUUCACACAUCCAAGCAGGCCACGUGUGAACCAAAUUUGGGAGGAGAGAACCUCAUGCUUGCAUGUGCAACACCUAAAAAUAAGGACGAUCAUCACGAUAGCGGUGGCAGUUCUUCUGUAGAAAGCCUCCAGCAUUGUCAGUUCCAAAUUGCUGAAAAUACCCCUGUAUCAGAGAAAAAUAAAGCGAUGGAUGUAGCAUCUCAAAAGUCUUCUUCCAGAGAGGACUUGGAAAAUUUGGAAUAGCGUUCUGCUGGAGGGCAGGUACAUGCACAGAAUGCUGAGGGAGAGUGUGAGCAAUUAGUUAAGGAAGGGAACUCCAGCACAAACACUUGUGAGUCCUUCCUUAGUGGUUCUCAAACAGUUAGUGAUGACUUGGUUCCAAGAACCCUGCUGAGUGAAGAAUAUGCAGAGCUGAAGGCUCAGAGUCCAAAGAGACACUACAGAUUUGCCCUGAAUACUUCACCUCCUACCCCAAAGUCUGCUCCUGCCUAUUCCUUACGCUGCACUGCAGACAGGAGGCAGCGGGAGGCUGCGGCACGGAUGGGAAAUCCGCAACUUCUAGCCAAGUUGUCUACUAAAAGUCGCUGCAAACUGCCUGCUGGUAACCCACCAACUUACGAAGUCGAAAUUGAAAUGCAAGCUUCAGGCCUGCCCAAGCUUCGCAUUAAGAAAAUUGCCUCUUGCUCUUCACUGGAAGUUCAGCCUGAAGCAAGUACCAACCAACCCAAGGGAGGAGAAAGCCCAUUUGGUGAUGUUGCUAUGACCUGGUGUAACAAGCACCCGGGAAAACCAGCAGCUGCCUGUGUUUCACCGUCCUGCUUUCGCUCUUUCCACAGUACCCCUGGGAAAGGCAGAGGACAGACCUACAUAUGCCAGUCAUACACCCCAACGAGCUGCGCCUCUAACGCCACCUCUCCAUCCCCCGUAGAAGCAGGAGUUCCCUGGACGCCCUCCCCAAAGCAGAAGGGGAAGACUACCCCCGAUGCUAUCAAUGACUGGCCUCGGAGAAAGAGAGCUGCAGGCAGCACUGCUAACGCCAGUGGUGGUCCGAGUGAGAAGAAUGCCGAUGACCAGAAGAGAAUGUCAACAGGCAGAGAAGGAGAGAUGAAGAUCUGGGAGCGUGGCAGCAGUAAAGUAACAAGUACUCUUGGGGAGUUCGAACUGGAAGGGAUUUACAGGCUCCAGGAUCAGGCAUCUCCUAGUGACUCUGAGCCCAGGGCUGAUGAGGACUCUGCAAUGGGAACUUUUGGCUUGAAAUCUCGGAAGCGGGUCUUUACGUGUCUAUCGCCAGAAAAGGAGGAGAAUUGUGAUGCAAAGAGGUCUUGCAGUGAUGGGAGCACCUUGGAUCUCGCCGGCUUUUCCACAGAUGAGGGCAACAGAAGCAAAUCAAGGACAGACUCUUUACUUCCCCAGAAACCAGGAGCAAGUGUGCUCGUAACUUCUGAGCAGCACGGUUCUGUAGGGGAUGAUGAUGAUGUCUUUCUUUUGUCAGGUUCAACCCCGCCAGUGAAGAGUGCGCUCUCCGCUAGCAGCCUCCUAGCGCUGACCCGGUCUCCGCUACUGUGCCAGGGACAGACGCCGCCCUCCCGAAGAAUGCGUGUUCAAGAAGAGGAAUCUGAUGCCUUCCAAAGUACUGCCAGCCAGGAGCUGUCUCCAUUCCACAUCAUGGCUUCCAGGAAGCGUCCUCUUAGCAGGACUUACUCACGGAAAAAGCUGCUCAGCUGA